GCAACGGAAUACCACUACGAGAACAUGAAAAGGAACAUGGAAGACAUGGACAAGAUUCUGACUGUCUACCCGAUGCAACGACUCGUAAGACUCAAAAACGGAAGGAUCUCAAAGAGAAGUGAAGUUAGCCAGUUGUUCACUUCUUUCAUGGCGUUUUGUGAAAAUCUUCGAAAUGAAAACAACACAGUCAACGCUAAACCCACAACGACGAAUAAGACCCAUAAAAUACCCCAAACGUCUCACACUCGCAAACCAUCCAAAGCAUAUUGGUACAGCCUCGAAUCCAACGUGAAACCCGUCAAACUGAAGCUGAGACGAAGCAAGACCCACGUGACUGUUGUGGUCACUGUGAAACAUUCGGUACCCUGCUUCGUUAUGCCCUUUUUGUCUUUAUUUCAAUCUCCAAAACCUCUCAUGAGAAAACUGAGGAUUGGUCCUAAAGAUUCAGUACCAAAGGUCUCGAGAGCUCGAUUCUUGCUUGAAGCAAAAGUGUGUUUGGAUUCAGUGUCUAGCGCUUCAUCUCGUGUACACUUUCAAGUCGGUGAAAUGGAGCGGAAAUUUGCACCUUCCGCCACUAUCGGAAUUGACAUAUGUAAGGGAAUGGAAGAACGAGAUCCUAUGUCUGCAACAAGUACAGUGGCCUCAGAAUUUAUUGAGGAAGAAAUCCGUAUCCUCCAAUUUAAUUGGACCUUGCAAAACAAUACAUUGAUCUCAGGCAAUGGUCAAAAUUCAAGUUUUGAAGUAGACUUGACACCAACAAAGUACAUUGGGUUUGCCGUAGACACCAUGGGAUACACUAGUACUGCAGAUACAAUUUCCAAGUCAUUUUGGGACGUAACAGGUGAGAAGAAUGCAAACGGUUCUUAUGAUCUACAAGCUGAAAAAAUAGAGCAGUUUGGAAACAGCAAUAUGACAUUCGUUGAAGUUAUGAAGUCAACAGUAAGCCAUAACACUUCUCAGAAGAACACGAGAGGCGAACAACCUGCUACGUCAACGGCUAGAGUUCAUUUGACUGUUGACACCGCCUCUGGAACAGACACAGGAGUUCUGUAUCUUUCCCAAGACUUCCUAAAUGACCGUGAAGACAGUGAGGCAAUCAUACAAAGUAGUCGACUAUGGUUUCCAUUGCACGUUAGAAAAAAUGAAGAAACCCCUUCUAUUCCUUAUGGGAAAUUUGCAUUUUUCAACAGAACUCGAUUCCUGUGUAACACAAAUCCAGCCGCUGAAGACCAACUCUGGGCACCAUGUGCCCUCGACUGCCAAGUCUCUGGCGUGGACAUAGCAACACUGAAAAUCUACAAGGCGAAUAAACAAAUGGUCAGUGAAGAUGAAAACAUGGAAGUACAAUCACAAGUAAGCCCUAAUGGUGCAUGGGCAAAGGCUACGAUGCACUUUGAAGAGAAAGACCAGUCUCUUGACGGUGACUAUAUCUGUGAAGCCCGCUCAGAAAGAGGAAUAACAGACCGCAUUGUACUAAACAUGAUAGUGGCUGGCUACCCUGAUAUCAGCGAUGGGGCGUUUACCAUGAGUGUCAUCGAUGACAAGUUUGCAUCUGUGAAGUGUGCAGCCACUGGAACCAAUCUCAACAUGUCGAUCUAUAAGAACGAACGGACCCCAGGGAACCGAAUAGACUUCAAUAUUACAAAGAAUCGCCCUUCUCAAAAUGAACUGAUCUACACCGUCUUGUUGCCGUUAAAUGAACUUCGCUAUUAUACCACUACUCUGGAGUGUGUUGCUGCGAAUAACGCUGGAGAGGAUGUCUCGUUUAUAUACCCAAGCGAGGUCUUAAACCAGCUUAGAUCUACACCUACCACUGACCAUACUUUCUAGUGCUUGAGCAAAGGUGCAUGGCUCUUCCUUUUUUUCUCUCUGCCUUGUAACCCUUUUGUCUCCGAAAUUGAAUUUGAAUAAAAGUAAUUAGACAAUAGA